GGUAGUACUUGGUCCUGGAGAAAGGACUACCUUUGCCGCACGUUUCUUCACUGUCAGGGCGCAGCGAGCUUUGGAUUUGACUCUUGACCUUUAAAGUUGAAAGGGGCGUUCUGAGGCCUGACCAAGCCUGCUCACUUGAUUGUGCUUAGGUAUUUAUGGUGUCCUGGGCGUAGCGGCCCUGCAGGAGUUGUGAGUUUCUUGAGUUGCAGAAGACAUGGCGUCGCACGUUGGAGCGUGGAGCUGGGUGCUCUGUCUUUCUUUGUUGCUCGUUGCAACUGAUGUGGCGUCCGCGCAGACCUCACAAAACAAUGCUCCCAGCCUUUCUGACCUCUAUGGGAAGCAACUGGGCGACCAGCUCAAGAAGCUCUUCCCGUAUUGCGUCGCCAAUGGCCAAAAAGACGAGCAAGACACCUUUGGCUUCGACGCUACGGACCCCAGCCCCAGAGUUUGCCGCGCCACGCGCUACAAGAACACCGUGAUUAACCGUUUAGACGGUCCGCCUCUUAUAAAUCCUCCUACCACCGCCAGCAAAACAGCAGGCAGGCUGUGCACAAAAGCGGAGCUUGCUAUCUACUUCAGCAACGUUGAUGGGAAGGUUGCAACCAGCGCGAAUUGCGACCCCAACGAUCCAGAAAAUUACCUGGCCGGGUGCUCGCCUGGUUAUGCGUCCUGGACAGAAAACACCAGGUUCCAGAUUGAUGAUGAGGGGGAGCCGGUUAGAGUAGACGCUCUUGCAGUCUCCGACUCCUCAGGCCUUGACGCCUAUGCUUGCUGUGACGGCUUCUUCUGCCCUGAGAACCUGGCGUGCAUGAUCCCCUGCCCCAAGGGCGCUUUCUGCCCUAAGGCCCAGAAUCCACCCCCCGACGGUUCGUCCCGUGGGAGGCCCUUCUGCGUCCCUUACCCCUAUCAGGCCAUCCCGUGGGUAAUAGGAGACCCACCAAACCAGGUCAAUUUCAUCGGUUGUGGGGGAGCUUCAACAUGGAACGCCGCCUCAGGAUCAAACCGAGGAGACGGCAUCUUCUGCGACGCUGGCGCGUACUGCCCUUUCGCGUCAGGCCAGUUCAACGUGACGUCGAGCAUUCAGUGCCCCGCCGGCUACUACUGCCGCAAGGGGACCACGGUUGCAAAGAAGUGCUCGGGGCUCGCGUCGUGCCCGGCCGGGGAAUUCCAGCAGGAUCUCAAGGGGGCCGGCAUCGGCUUUGUGGUGUUCCUACUGAUCGUGCUUGCAAUCACGUACUACCUUGUUGAUUACAUCACCAACUGGCGCCUCGAGCAAGUCGAGAAGCGCCGCAUGCGCUCUGAGCAGCACGCUCGCGCACGCCAGCUUGCUCGUGAGCGGUGGCAACGUGCGGGACGCAUAUUCAUCGAUGCAUACCGCAAAAAGAAGAAGGAGCUAGGGAUUACCAGGCCAACCACAGCGGGAAGCCGGACCGGGUCCAGCUAUGGUUAUCCCCCCGCGCGGCCCUCCAACGACCUUUAUGGCAACGGCAGUGAUCUAUACGGCGCACCGCCAAUGGCGGGUGCCGGCGGCGAUCUGUACGGCGUCCCUGUAGAGGCCUCCUCUCCUGCGGGUGACCUGUACGGAGCCCCAGCGGGUGGCGACCUUUACGGUGCCGCCCCCGCGCCCGCGGUUGAGAUGACGAAGCGCAACAAGAAGGUGGACUACGAGGACGUGUACGAGGAGCUCGCGCGGCAAAACAAGGCGCGCUCUCCCGACGAGUCGCUUUUUGACACCAUCCUGAACAAGGAGGGCCCGAUGGCCGGGCGCAAGAUCCGCAUACAGCUGGAGUUGGAGUUCCGCGAGGUGAAUCUGUUUCUCAAGAGCAACGGCCGCAAGCUGCUCGACAACAUCAGCGGCAUCCUCAAGCCCGGCCGCGUCACAGCGGUCAUGGGGCCGUCUGGUGCGGGCAAGUCCAUGUUCCUCACUGCAGUGGCCGGCAAGGAGACGUACUGCAACAUGACGGGCGAGGUGCUGAUCAACGGGCAGGCGGGGAACAUCCAGGCAUACAAGCGCAUCAUCGGCUUUGUGCCACAGGACGACAUCGUGCAUGGAAACUUGACCGUGGAGGAGAACCUGUGGUUCAGCGCCAACUACAGGCUGCCACGUGGCAUGAGCAAGCGCAACAAAGUGCUCAUUGUGGAGCGCACCCUGAUCUCGCUGGGCAUCGACCAUAUCCGCCACUCGCGUGUUGGGACCGUGGAGCAGCGCGGGAUCUCCGGCGGGCAGCGAAAGCGAGUCAACGUCGGCUUGGAGAUGGUCAUUGACCCCAGCCUGCUGAUCCUGGAUGAGCCGACGAGCGGGCUGGAUUCCACGUCCUCCUUCAAAGUGCUGCAGGCUCUAAGGCAGGAGGCGCUGCGCGGUGUCAACAUCGGCGUCGUGCUCCAUCAGCCGUCGUACAAACUCUUCCACAUGUUCCAUGACGUCAUGUUCCUCAUGCCGGGCGGGAAGGUGGUGUACCUGGGCCCUGUCCGACAGGCCGAGGAGUACUUCGCAUCGCUGGGCUUCGCGAUCCCGGACAGAGUGAACCCCCCGGACCACUACAUGGACGUCCUCGCGGGCGAGGUCCCGUCCACUCUGGAGAACUUCGAUAUCAAGCGGCUGCCCGAGCUGUGGCUCGAGACGCAGAGCCGCCCCGGGCGCUCCGAGUCGGGCCUCGGCCAGGUGGAGAUCCCGAUCAGGGAUGACGCAUUCAUUUUGCACCCCGGCACCGGCAAGCACAUCAAGAUGAACCCGAUCGUUGCGGCGGAGAGCUUCGGCAACAAGAUGAUCCAGGACAUGUCGGCCAAGUGGAGGCAGAACUUCGAAGACUUCGCCGACAUCUUCCGCAAACAGGAGAACCGCUCCGGCCGCGUCACCCCCGGCUUCGGGCGCCAGUUCUUCACCAUGUACUCCAGGUUGUGCAAGCAGCAGUUCCGCAGCAUGCGCGUGCUCUUCCAGGAUUACGUCAUCCUCCUCAUCACGGGCGCCGCGCUCGGCCUGCUGACCCCCACCGACGAUUCCAAGCUGGGAGGCCCGACGGCAUACACCAACACCAUCAUCGCAGUCUCUCUGCUGGCCAUGAUCGCCGGGCUGCGCACCUUCAACCUGGACACGCUCAACUUCUACCGCGAGUCCGCUUCGGGCAUCAACAAGCUGGCCUACUUCCUCGCCAAGGACCUCAGUGACUGGCCCCACAUCUUCCUGAAGCCUAUCUUCUACAUGGCGCUGUUCUACUUCUUCAACGACCCGCGGUCCACAUUCGUGAGCAACGUCGGGCUGACCAUCUGCCUGGUUUACUGCGUCACUGGAGUCUCCUACGUCCUGGCCACCCUCAUGCCGCCCUCGUCCUCUCAGCUGGCAGCUGCGGUAGUGACGCUCAUUGCGAGCGUGAUUGCGGGCAAGGGCAACUCCGGCGGCAUUGUGAAGGUCUUCUACGCGCUCAGCUUUGCGCGGUGGGCCCUCGAGGCGUACGUCCUGGCAAACGCAAGAAGAUAUUCCGGGGUGUGGCUCUUGACGCGGUGCGGGGCUCUCCAGAAGGCCAACUACGACAUCAGUGACUACGGGCUGUGCAUCUUUAUGCUGCUCUUCUUCGGCGUGCUCGCGCGCUGGGGCGCCUUCAUGCUGCUCAUUGGGCUCCACCGCGACAAGCAAAAGUAGACAGAGCGCGGUCUUUGGCGCUUUCAAUCUGUGGGCGGCAGAGAGCAAUCUCCAAUGUAUCGGCUUGACAUAGCCCGCUAAAGUCGCCCGCUAAAGUCGCCCGAAAGUUGCGCCAAUGAGAAGGUUAGAAACGAAAAAUGGGCCGUCGACCUGGCAGGUCGCCAUGCUUCAUGAGUAUUUAUGGGACGCAGGAAGUCUCUGUGAGUCCCGUCUACUAUCCUAUUCCAGUUAUGGUGGCUGAGGAUUAGCAACGCGAGCACUAGAUGUAAGUUACCAGCAUUCAAGCCCAGUAAACUUAAGGUAACUCGGAGGUCAUGGUGGAGUCAUUGGCUCAUGGGGUUUCUCCAAACCUGGCGCUCGGUUGAGAAGUCGUCAGUCAAUCUGCAUAAGCGGCCGAUGCAGUGUGGACAGUUGCCAUACCUCAGAUGUUGUCUCCUUGUUAAGUUGGUCUGGGUCUCAUGGUAGAAUAGGGCAACGCUGAUAAAAAGGUACUAAAAAACCUCUGUAGACGAUGUCGUCGAUUGUGGUUUACUUAUUGAGUACGACGAACCGAACUUGUGCUCUUUAACCAUAUUGCUAUAUAUAUGGAACAAUGACAAGC